CUUUCCUUUCCCUUCUGUCUUUGUGACACCCCUACCAUAGCAACCUUGCGCAGGCAAUACACAUAAUCAGUAGAGAAGAUGGAUCCUACACCAAACAACAACGACCAGGCCCCCAAGUCAGAUACUGCGGAGAAGAAGGAUGAAAACACGGAGCAAACUCAGGAUGGAACAACGGGUUCCAAUCCAGAAAUCAGCAACGUCAAACAGAAUGACAACGACGAUAACAAUGAAGAGGAUGAUAACGAAAAUCGAGACAACCAGAACCAAGUAAACAACAAGCAGAAAGAUGAUGAUGAUGAUGAUGAUGACGACGACGACGACAGGUCUGAAAACGAUUCCGAGGCAGAGGAAGAGGAAAAGAAAGCACGUGGCAGCGCUAAAAAGCACACCGCUACCAUUGAAGAGUCUUCCUCAGAGUCUCAGCCUUCCACACCCAAGGACGAGGAAGCUCCGCAGCCCAAGUUCAUGCGCGACGAAAACAAGAGGAAGAAGAAGCAACGCAAUCAGGAGGUCGCCGAAAGGCCUCGUCGCCGUCGCCGUCCCCGCUUCGCCGACCAAGAGGAUUCCGAAGACGAAGAAGAGCCAAAGUCGUACCGCCAGAGGCAAGCGCUGGAGCAGCAGAAACAGCAAAAGCAGAUGAUGUUGAUGCAGCAGCAACAACAACAGCAGAUGCAGCAAGGCGGCGGUGGCGGUGGAGGCAAGAACCCACUCAGGCUGAGAUUAGACCUCAAUUUAGAGGUGGAAAUCGAGUUGAAGGCACACAUUCAUGGUGAUAUCACGCUGGCUCUGCUGUAA